AGUGACGUUUGUCAGGACUUUUAUUUUGACAAUGGUUCAUAAUACGUCAACUGAAGGCUAAGCAGUGUGUCUAGCUUCAUUUUUACAACUGCGAAGUAUCUAGACGUGAUAGCUACGAUUUUGUGACACAUUUGAAGAUGGUUUGCGAGAAGUGUGAGAAGAAACUGGGGCGAGUCAUCACGCCUGAUACGUGGAAAGAUGGGGCUAGAAACACAACAGAGAGUGGUGGUCGAAAGCUUAAUGAAAAUAAAAUGCUGACAUCAAAGAAAGCCAGGUUUGAUCCUUAUGGGAAAUCUGGAUUUGCCACUUGCAGAAUAUGCAAAAGCUCUGUCCAUCAGUCUGGUUCACACUACUGCCAGGGAUGUGCCUAUAAGAAAGGAAUUUGUGCCAUGUGUGGGAAGAAGGUUCUUGACACCAAGAACUACAAACAGACCUCAGUUUGAUUUAUUGUCUCUUGCUGGAGAUUUCGUGUUUAGCUGAGAAGGCAAUGUUUGUGAAUGAUUAUGUUGACUCUUCCAUGUGUUGAGAAUGAUCAUUUAACUUCACAAGAGUUUAAUUUGCAGUGUUUUGUGGGAAAGUGCUGCCAAAGGAGUGUACUGGAUUAUGACUGUAUUUAUAUGAAAAUAUGUCCGUGGUAUUUUUCUCUCACUUAACCUUAGAGCAAUAUAUUGGCUUGCACUGUUUGAACAAUGUAGAUGCCUUCUUUAAGUAUAUUUGCUGGAGAACAUGUUUUGUAAAUGUUCUUAUUAAUUUGUUUUAGUAAAUAAUUUAUCAUUUUUAAUACUACCAAGUAUAAUGACAGACAUAAACAGUUCUCUUGAUACUUUAUUUCCCUUUUUAGGCUUACUUAGUCACUGGACCGCUAGACUUUGACUUUUAAAUGUCACAUGUUACCCCAAUUAAGAAAAAAUAUAGAUAUUAUCUCUCUUGUUUGAAGUUAUAUUUUUUUCUACUGUUUCCAAGGCAGUGUCACUACAGCAGAUUCUAAUGUAAAUAUGAAACAAGUGACCUGCCAAUAUAAGACAGCUUCAAGCUCAGUGUACAGUGAUGUUUAUAUCCUGUUUCCAAUUCUUACUAUCCCGCCAUUGGUUCUUUUUGUGAACACUGUUGCAGAUGUUUUCUGGAAAACUGUUGUUUCCUUUUUCAGUGAUCAUUUGGAAUUACAUAGUUUUGGAUUUCUUUCAGAUGUCUCUUGAACCCACAUACUUUUUUGUAGACUGUUGCAGAUUCUCUUACAGGCUGAUUGUUUUGCCAUAUUUUUAAGUGCAAGAAGGCACAACAUAGCAAUACUUACUGUGUAAUACCAUUCCCUUAAGAUCAAAUAAAUUAAGAAUUGAAACCUGUA